CAUUCUCAUCACCACCUCCACAAAGCAACCAUGGCUACUUCUUCUCUAUUGCUAGCAUGCUUGUUCUUCUUCUCUGUCAUUCUUGGCCAUGGUGUUCUCCAACUUGAAGCCUCUCAUGCUGUUUAUGCAAACCUUCAAACUCUUCAAAAACCAACUUCACCAAACCAAACUUACAGAACUUCUUAUCACUUUCAACCUCCCAAGAAUUGGAUGAACGAUCCCAAUGGACCAAUGAUAUACAAAGGGAUUUACCAUCUAUUCUAUCAGUACAACCCCAACGGUGCAGAUUGGGGUAGCAUAGUAUGGGCUCAUUCAACAUCACUAGAUCUUGUCAAUUGGACACCCCACCCUCCCGCCAUCUCCCCAUCUCAGCAAGCCGGUGACAUCAACGGUUGUUGGUCGGGUUCUGCCACCAUCCUCCCCGGGGACAAACCGGCCAUGCUCUACACUGGAAUCAACCCACAAAGCCACCAAGUCCAAAACCUAGCCGUGCCCAAAAACCUCUCUGACCCAUUCCUCAUAGAAUGGGUCAAGUCGCCAAAAAAUCCACUAAUGGCACCUACCACUUCUAAUGAAAUCAAUUCAAGCUCGUUCAGAGACCCCACCACGGCGUGGUUAGGCCCCGAUGGGACAUGGAGAGUGAUCAUUGGAAGCAAAAUUAAUCGCCAAGGACUAGCAAUUCUAUACAAAAGCAAGGAUUUUGUGCACUGGAUUCAAUCUCAACAACCUCUUCAUUUUGCCGAUGACACUGGAAUGUGGGAAUGUCCUGAUUUUUUCCCAAUUUCGACUAAUAGUCAAAAUGCUUUGGACACAUCUAUGGUUGGAUCAGGAAUUAAACAUGUGCUCAAGUUGAGUUUAGAUGAUACCAAACAUGAUUACUACACUAUAGGAACAUACAACUUGAAUAAAGAUAUCUAUAUCCCAGAUAAAGGAUCUGUAGAUGGCGAUUCGGGAUUAAGAUAUGAUUAUGGAAAGUUCUAUGCUUCAAAAACGUUCUUUGACAGUGUUAAGCAACGAAGGAUCUUGUGGGGUUGGAUUAACGAAUCUAUGCCUCAACCUGAAUACAUCAAACAAGGGUGGUCUGGAGUUCAGGCAAUUCCAAGGAACAUUUGGCUAGAUAAAUCAAGAAAGCAAUUGGUGCAAUGGCCCAUUUCAGAGAUUGAAACACUACGCACGAACCAAGUAGACUUGCCUAGCAAACUCCUCAAGGGCAGAUCAAUGCUUGAAAUUUCAUCUAUCACAGCAGCACAAGCAGAUGUGGAGAUAUCAUUUUCAGUACUAGAAAUUGAAAAGGCAGAAGUGAUGGAUCCAAGUUGGACCAACCCACAAUUGUUAUGCAGCCAAAAGGAUGCAUCAAUUAAAGGUGGGCUUGGACCAUUUGGAUUAAAGGUGUUGGCUUCAAAGGAUUUGAAAGAACAUACAUCUGUGUUUUUUAGAAUUUUCAAAGCUCAAAACAAUAAGCAUGUGGUGCUUAUGUGUAGUGAUCAGAGCAGGUCUUCGCUAAAUCAAAACACUGAUAAGACAACUUAUGGAGUAUUUUUGGAAGUAGACCCUAUCCAUGAGCAAUUGUCAUUGAGGAGCUUGAUAGAUCAGUCAAUAGUGGAGAGCUUUGGUGGAGAAGGAAAGGCUUGCAUAACUGCUAGGGUUUACCCAACAUUGGCUAUUGGUGGAAAGGCCCAUUUAUAUGCUUUCAAUAAUGGAAGAGGGAGUGUAAGAAUAUCAAAAUUGAGUGCUUGGAGCAUGAAGAGAGCUCACAUCUAUUGAAACAAAAAUGAAAUUGAUUCUAGAUUUUGGUUUCCAUGGAACUCUUUUUAAAUAUGCUUAUAUUCUUUCAUCUUGUACAAGUAUUUUUUUCAGAUGCCUCUGUCGAAAGUUGCCAUUAAAUCCUCUUUACGUUAAAGAUUUUAGAAAAUAAUAAAAACAAUCUUUAGGGUUGUUGUUGUGAAAAAAGCUUUCUUCUCCACAGUCCUAGCUAGGUGUAGAAGGAAGAAUGUUGAAAAUAUGGGUUCAAGAAUGGCUGUCAUAGAGGUUGAAGAAUUCAAAUGGAAAUUGGCUUGUAUUUGAAUUUAAUGUUUUUACAUUGUCAAGUUCAAGAAUUCAAAUGGAAAUCGGCUAGUUGUUUUUA